AUGAAAAAACCAAUUAUUUUAAUAUUUAACAAGAUUGAUUUAAUUAAAAAUGAAAGAAAAUUCAGAAAUAAGAAUUUAGAACUCUUAACUAAAUACCCAUUUCUACAAAACUGCCCAACUAUUUCAAUAUCUGCUUUACAUAAUAUUAAGUUAAAUAUGUUAAAAAGAUUAUUAUUAAAUAAAACUUAUCCAAAUGAUUGGCUAUAUCAAUCUGAUCAAAAAGUUGAUUCAAGUUUAUUGAAAAGAAUUGAAGAAUUUAUUAGGGAGGAAAUAUUAACUCACUAUUAUGGAUAUUUUCCUUACACUGUUACACAAGAAAAUGUUGGAUGGAAAAUAAACAACAAUAUAUUAAGAAUUGACCAAAAUAUUUAUGUGAAAAAUCAAAUUCAACAGGUUCAGAAGGCAAAUUAA